AUGUCGACCGUGGCCGAAAAGGAGUCCCCCACUGGUACAGACGGCAACACAUUUAUUGCCAAUGCUAAGCCCAUAGAGCAUGCUCAGAGGGCCCACCAGUCCUUCCCUGGGGCUAACUAUGUCCUGCCAUCGGAUCCAACCGAGAGAGACCGGUACGUGCUAGCUCACACCGGUGUCAGGCUCGCACUGCAACACAAACUGCUCAAGGGGGCUUUCGAAGACCGCCUAAUUAUCUGCCCUGUCGCGAUAUGUGCGGAAGACUGCAUCCUGGAUAGUGGUACCGGUUCCGGUACAUGGCUUGUGGACAUUCUCAGCAUCGUUCCAACGUCUACGGUCGUUCAUGCAAUCGACAUCGAAGCCCGCCUUUUCCCUACUGAGGUCAAGGAGGUCGUCUCGCGCGGGAACGUCGAGUUUAUGGUCGCUACAAUCACGAAGCUCCCCCCCGAAUGGUCAGAUAUGUUCAAACUCAUCCACCAGCGUCUCCUCGUCGCAGCACUCCGCGCUGAAGAGUGGACGAUCGCUAUCAAGGAGAUGAUGCGCACGCUUGCUCCGGGCGGCUGGGUGCAGCUCGACGAAGUGGGGUCCUGGAAGGCGGGGCCCACGACCGAGAAGCAUAUACUCCUGGUCCAGGAUUUGUUCAAAGCCAAGAGCCUCGUGCUAGAUUGCGCGCGCUACAUUCCCGACAUGCUGCGCGAUUUGGGCUUCGUCAAUAUUUGUGUCGAGGAAAGAACCAUACCUCUGGGAAGCUGGGCUGGCGAUGUUGGCGUCGCCGCGCGGGACAAUUUCAUGGGAGUGUUCAGGGGCAUGAAGACGCCUAUUCUGAAUGCAGGAGGACUGGGUGUUGUUGGGUCGGAAGCUGAGUUUGAUGAGCUUCUCGACAGCGUUGAGAACGAGUGGAAUGAGACGGUGGGAGCAGAGAUUAGGUUCUACAUCUUCUCCGCUCAAAAGCCCGACAACAAAGAGUAG